AUGUGCUUCGGCAAGAAAACUGAGGAUCCCGACUCCCGACGCAACGAGGAGAUCGAAAAGGGCAUCCGCAAUGACAGGAAAAAGCAAGAACGGGAGGUGAAGCUUCUGUUGCUCGGUGCUGGAGAAAGUGGUAAAUCCACCGUUUUGAAGCAGAUGCGAGUGAUCCAUGCCGGCGGUUUUAACAAGACUGAGCGCAAGCAAUGGCGAGCCAUCAUCUUCAAUAACUUGGUGUCUGCUUUCCAGACCAUCUUCGCUGCUAUGCAGGAGCAGGAGACGGAUUUCGAAGACGACGACAACCUUAGAUUCGCGGAAUUGAUUGCGGCAGACCCAGAAAUCGGCAUCGAAGACUUCAUGCCCCAGGAGUGCCUCUCCGCGUUCAACAGCCUGUGGGCAGACAAGGGUGUUCAGCUCGCAAUUCUGAAGGGAAACCAAUACGCCCUCCACGACAAUCUCAGCUACUUCUUCGCAGACGUCGACCGCCUCUUCACCAAAGACUACCUCCCUACAGACCAAGAUAUCCUCCGUACUCGAUUGCGAACGACCGGCAUAACAGAGACAAUUUUCGAGCUUGGCAAUCUUACAUACCGCAUGUUCGACGUGGGAGGUCAGAGGUCCGAACGAAAGAAGUGGAUUCACGUCUUCGACAAUGUCCAGGUCGUGUUGUUCCUGGUGGCUAUCAGCGGUUACGACCACGUACUGGUCGAAGAUCGCAAUGGCAACCAAAUGCACGAGGCGUUGAUGCUCUUCGAGUCGAUAUCGAACUCGAAAUACUUCGAGAAGUCAGCCCUGAUCCUGUUCCUGAACAAGAUCGAUCUGUUCCGAGAGAAGAUCGCUGGCGGCAUGAGCCCGAUCAACAAGGUCUUCCCCGACUACACCGGAAAGCCCACCGACAUCGACGCCGGCCAGGAGUUCUUCGCAAACAAGUUCCGCAACCUCGUGCGGCAGCCCAAGAAGGAGGUCUACGUCCACUACACAAACGCGACCGACACCGAUCUCCUGAAGAAAACGAUGGCUUCGGUCCAGGACAUGAUCGUCCAACGCAACCUGAACGCCUUGAUUCUGUAA